AUGGCUUUUCGCAGCACAGCGGAAGAAAUGGAAAGGCUUCAGUUAUCCGAUGAUGACACAGAGGACCUCUGGAACUCGCCAUCGAAGAGAGUGGCUCACAAGUCUUUCAAACCAAAAUUACCCGAAGAGAAUAUCACACCGGAGCCUCGAGCUACCCACGAUAGCAAUGAGCCUCUCUUUGAUCACCAGGAGGCCCGCGAAGAUGCCCUACGGACUGAACUAGAAGGUGUGCGGAAUAUCAACGAGGUGAUCGAAGGUCUCUUAAGCAGCCUGGACUCCGCCAAAGGAAACAUGGAGACGGUAUCACGAACGGUUACCUCAGCCUCGACCCUCCUCAACACAUGGACACGCAUACUAUCCCAAACCGAGCAUAAUCAACGACUGAUCCUUAAUCCCAAUUGGCAAGGCGCUACUCAAGACGUGAUUGAUAUCGAGAACGAAGCGAUCCAAAGGCAGCAGGCAGCCGAAAGGCGGGAACAGGCACUUCAACAACAAAGAGAAGCGGCGGCGCGAAAAGCCGAGGAGAUUGAAAAACGACGUGCACAGGUUACUCGGGGAACGCGAGGUACACGUGGAACUACACGGGGUACAGUGCGAAGCACUGGCUUAGGAAGAACUCCCAGUGUCAGCACAUCGCGAACUGCCACACGAGGGGGAUCUACAACCACCACUCAGCGGCCAGCAAGUGGGAUUGCUCGAGGGGGUGGCAUUCCCCGCGGUCGGGGAAGGGAUCAAUCACCGGAACUCGAGCGCGCUCUGUCCCCUCCCCCUUUCGACAGUCGCCGCACAUCCCCAAACCUGCGCUCACCACGGGCCUCAGCCGACCUGCCGUCCCCCAGUCACUUUGCUGGCGGCGGACAUGGCAACACAGGCUACGGACGAGACCUUGAAGGUGGUCAUGUUAGCCUAGGGGCCUUUGAAACAAGUCUCCCGAUUCGCAUGGACAUUGAAGCAGCACUGGCAUAUCUGCUUCUGCCUCCGGCAGGAGGUGUUUUCCUGUUACUAACUGAACACAAGAGCGAUUAUCUUUCACGCUUGGCAGUCGAGCAUGCUAUUCGCUGCCAUGUCAUCCACCUCCUCUUCAGCUGGUCGAGCUUCCUCUCCUGGACACUACUCAUCGUCGACCUGGGUCUGAUUGGCUUCCUUGGCAUGCAUGCUUACCAAGAUGUCGAUACCUUGGACCACUUCGAAGUCCCAAUCUUUGGCCACUUGGCCAACUCUUUUGUUGAUGAUGAAUGA